AUGGAUGCCAUCGAAGCAGUCCGCGCGCUCUUUGUUCUGGCGACCUGCACGACCCUCGCUGUCAGCCUGCCUGCGGCCCUCCGUUCUCGCUUUGUUGCGUAUGGCGCCCGUGCGACUUCGACGUCCCAAGCCGACAGCCCGUCGCAGCCUCCCGCCCCGGCGUCCAAGUCGUUUGCUACGCGCACAAUGGAUAGCCUUGCCUCGUUCAAAGUACCGCACGGCUACUUCACCCACUUCUAUGUCGUCUCCGUUCUGUCCUCCCUCUUCUGGACCACGCAGGUCCUCCUCGGCGGGGUCUUCUUUCGGGCAAUCGCAGAGAGAGUCGCCCCCGCACAUCUACAACCGUCCAUGUCAUUUAACCAGGUCAUACUGUGCUGCUUGUUGAUGUUGGCCCAGGGUUCCAGGCGGCUGUACGAGUCGUUUCUCUUUGCCAAACCGUCUUCUUCGAAGAUGGGAUUCGCUCACUGGCUGAUGGGAAUUGCCUUUUAUCUGGGAAUGGGCGUUGCAAUCUGGAUUGAAGGAACAGGCAAUCUACUAUCAAAAAAAUUGAGUUUCGACGACAUCAAGCUCUCCAAUGUCCCGUCACUGCGCACCUUUUUCUGUCUGCCUCUGUUCUUGAUGGCAUCGGGCCUCCAGCACGAUUGCCACCACUACUUGUUCUCUCUGAAGAAAUACACCUUACCGACCCAUCCGCUCUUCCGCGGUAUCAUCUGUCCACAUUACACUGCGGAGUGUAUUAUAUAUCUGUCUCUAGCACUGCUGGCAGCUCCCAAGGGAGAAUUCAUCAACAAGACCCUAGUCACAUGCCUACUAUUUGUCGCCGUCAACCUCGGUAUCACAGCCAAGUCAACAAAAACCUGGUAUAUGCAGAAAUUUGGCGACGAGUCAGUACGUGGCCGCUGGAUAAUGAUACCAGGGAUAUAUUGA